AUGGCUGCAAUCUAUGGACGAGCGGCUCUGACGAUAUCCACACCCCAGAACAGCGGAUGUGAUGAGGGUUUCAACGACUUCGGGCAAAUCGAAUCGGAAGGCCCAUCUCUUCCUGAAAUAUUAUGGAAACAUCGACAACGUGGAAGAAUUGUGACGGGAGUAGUUAGUGUCCGGAACAUGGCGUUGAAUUCCUAUGGCGAGCCUGAAGCUCCGUUUUGGAUAGGAAAACAACACUCACCAUGGAUGAGACGUGGUUGGACCUUGCAAGAAUGGCUCCUGUCUCCUAGGGUACUGCACUGUGGAAGAGAAAGAAUGUGGGAUUGCUACGAAACGUGGUACACCGAGAGCUCUUCGAUGCUAUCCAGCUCUGAAAGUGCUCUGCUCAAUGCUGACCCCGUUGCCCAGGGCUUGGCUUCUUCUGUAUUUGCGAGAAUGGCCCGUAUCGACCCUGAAAUUGGUGAAGGCGCGCUAGAUACCUACUGGGCUCGUCUGGUAGAGGAUUACACAUCGAGAACGCUCAGCCACGAAAUGGAUAAGAUGCCUGCGAUAGCAGGUCUUGCAGCCAUUUUCAUGGAACACAGCCAUACGAGGGCGCUAGCCGCCAAGUAUCUCGCUGGUCUCUGGUACUAUAAGGGAAUUUAUCCCUUCGAAGGACAGAAAUAUCCGACAUCACAGAUACCGCUAGGCCUCUUGUGGAGAAGGUCCAGCGUUGAGUACAUGCGAUCACCCGAUACAUAUCGAGCCCCAUCAUGGAGCUGGGCUAGUUUGGAUGGCCCAGUGAGCUUAUUCCGUCUUCAGUGGUCACUAUUGGAGAUAUUUGGAUCUACCGCUGGAUCCAAGGAUUAUCUUCUAUUCAAAAAUAUGGAGAUCCUUGCCGUCAGGUGCUUAUUUGAUCCGCCUGGUUCAUUUUCUCUGGUUCAGACCGGAUGGAUUAUCGCUUCGAGUCUGCUCGAACGUGCAUACUUGAAUCCAUCGUGGAAAGUCGCACAGUUCAAUAGUAGUCUCCAGGCAGAAUAUCACAAGAGCUUUGUUGGGUUGAGUACUCACCAGAAACACGAGGAGACACCUUGGUUCGCAAUUUUCGAUCAGGAUCCUGAACAAACCGGUGUAAACUUUGCAGAAGAAAGUUUACAUGUUAUACAGGUAGCAACCAUGACUCGGCAAGUGCAGGAACGACGUCUUCCCGUUAUCAUUCACCACGCUCUCGUCGCAGAAAAAGUCGGCAUCUUAGAUGGUAUUGAUUGCUUCCGCAGACUAGGGGUUGCCUGGUACUGCCCCAAGGAUGGAGGCAAGUGGAAUGGAGUGAUCGACGGACCAGCCAAAGAAUGGAUAGAUCGGCAUAUGCUUCGAGAUUGGAAAAGUCAGAAGAUACGUUUGAUUUAA